GAACUCUCGAAAGAAGAUGCUAUAUCUCGCGAUGGUUGUUGCUUCGAGUUUCUGCCGAGUUCCAUCCAUAAAUUCCCAAAUUUUGCGUCUCCACGCCAUCUUGCCGGCUCUAAAACUUCCUUGUUCAUCUUCCCCGAUUAGCCCCUCAAUUCCAAAGAAACUUCCAAAAAUCUCCCUCCUGCACAAUAAACCAUUGAAUACAAUCAUCUCUCGCAAAUACUCUUCUUCUUCAUCAUCGGCAAUGGAAUCUCCACCAGAAGGAUACAGAAGAAACGUUGGAAUUUGUCUUGUCAACUCAUCAAACGAAGUCUUCUCUGCAUCUAGACUCGAUAUCCCUAGCGCCUGGCAGAUGCCACAGGGUGGUAUUGAUGAAGGUGAAGAUCCGAGAGCUGCAGCAGUAAGAGAAUUAAGUGAAGAAACUGGAGUUAAAUCUGUUGAAGUUAUUGCAGAGGUUCCAUAUUGGUUAACUUAUGAUUUCCCACCACCGGUUAGAGAAAAGCUAAACAAGCGGUGGGGUACAGACUAUAAAGGCCAAGCUCAGAAAUGGUUUCUUCUUAAACUCAUUGGCAAGGAUGAAGAAAUCAAUCUUUUAGGCGAUGGAACCGAAAAACCAGAGUUCGGAGAAUGGCUGUGGAUGACACCCCAACAAGUAGUUGAGCGUGCAGUGGAGUUCAAGAAACCUGUGUAUGAAGAGGUUUUGAAAGCUUUUGCCCCCCACCUUCAAUCAGAUUCUGCAGAACCUAAAUUAUAGCUUCCUAUCUGCUCAAGUUGAAGGAUUUGCUGUUUGAGUUUGUUUUUUCCUUUUACUGUGGGUCGGUUCCAGUUUUUGGGGUUAAUGUGAUACCUAGGUACUUUUUGGUUGGUUUUGUUUCAGUACAUUUUCACAAAUUGAAGGCCAUGUUGCUGAAUGAGAGUGGAAACACCUAUUUUUCUUUUUAUGGUGGGUUUGGUUGCAGAAUUCACAAUUUCCAGGAAUUUGUAAUCCCACGGGAUUACAAAUUCUGGGAUUCAUGGAAAUCCCUCGUAUGUUUGGUAACUCA